GGUGUCAAGUAUACAGGUCCUGUACAUAUAUAGAUCCAGACAUACUCCGAUUACUCAUCAGCAUGUCUCCUGCUCUUCCAUUCAACUCAGUUACGCCAUUUGUGCAGUCCAUUGUAGACCCGAAUGUGCUUGCAUUAUCAUCUGGGAAACGGCUGGCACCUAUGCGAGCAGAGGUGUUCCAGGCUGCCGCGGAUGACCCGAAGAUAUUGGCUCGAGAAAUCAUCAUGUCGUUUCUCCAGCGAACCCAGCUUAUCAAGAGAUUUGGUCCACCUCCCGACCUUGCUGUCGACAGCAAGGUCAGGGAGACCAUUGACUCCUGGAAUUUGGGUAUCCCUCCUGAUAUCCUGGAAAUGCGCAUUCAGUGCGGCGUCGCGGUAGGAGCACUCGGAUAUCGACAUGCCUCAUUCGAACUGCAAGUAGCCGUUGCACUCUUCUGUUUCAUAGUGGCAUGUUUCGACGAUGGCCUCAUUGGAGAGAAAGCUCGACGAGAAUUUCUUCCGAGAUAUUAUCUCAACCAGCCGCAAUUACACGUUGUUCCAGAACGGAUGAUCGAAACAGCGCUCGCCCUACGCAAGUUCGUGCCGCUGUACUCCGGCAAUAUCAUCCUUUCUGCUUUGCUGCAAUAUGCCAACGAAGACGUUUUCUAUAUGGACGAAUCCGUUGUUUUGACUCAGGACCUGCAACCCGAGGCACGAGAAUAUGUGGAAUUUGUUAGGCUGAAUGACGGCAUACCAGGUCCAUUCAUUGUGUGUAUAUGGCCGACUUCCAUCUGCCCCGAUGUCAAGGAAUAUAUACAAGCUCUUCCUCCUGCAUUCGAUUGGUGUAAUAUCGUAAAUGAUAUGUUUUCUUUCUACAAAGAAAUGCUUGCAGGUGACCGAGGCAACUACGUCCAUCGAUACGCCAGCGUGCACGGAAAGACUAUUCGAGAGACCUUGCAGGACAUUGUCGAAAGACUCAUCAGGAGUGACGAGAACGUUAGGGCUAUUCUGGGGGAGGGUAAAGCCAGAGAUGCAUGGGAUAGCUUCACUGCCGGCUUCGCACAAUUUCACAUCUACGCUCCACGUUAUAAGCUUCAUGAGGUAAUCCCAGAAUUGUUCUAAUUAAAUGUUCAACAUCAAAUAUAGACUUGAUGUAUCAUAGACUCUGUUUGGCCUUGAAGCGUAAACACUAAAUGUAUGUAAUGCAGUUUGGACGAAUGCGGCAACCCGAGCAAUGUCUCUAAGGAUAUCGACAUCGUACCAACUCGCAAGCUCACUCAAGGGUUCAGGACCCCGGGUGGAAUUUAUGUUUCAUUGUCACAAUUUACAACAAACAUAUGAAUUAAUG